CGCAUCUGGAGGAUCCAUCAGUGAACUCACUAUCAUGCCUGCAGUCACUUUGAGUCCAGAGUGACAAGCUUUCUAAUAUUAGAAAGUAGUUUCAAUUAAUACACGUGUAAAAAAGACGAGUGGGAAAGCAGCCACGCGCGCAUUCGCCAAAUGCGUUUUUGGAGACGGGGCGCAUCGCAGGAUUAAUGCUUGGGAAGACUCAUUUCUGUUCCCCAAACCGGUCAAAUGGAAUUACGAGGCUUCCAAUUCUCUUGGCACCCUCAUCCUCCUCUCUCUUCUCCACCUUUCUGAAUCUGAAGAAGCCUUCGCUGGUUACGUCAGACCCCGGAGCGAAAAGUGCAGGGCAAGCAAAUAACGCGGCGAAGGAGUCGCUCAGAGACUCUGCGCCCCGAAGCCCAGCCUGCUCACUCCUUUGUGAUCAGUCCUAUCACUAAAGCUAGUGCUACGAGCAGCUCUGAAAGUCAGGGAGGGUUUCUGUCUCAUUCUCUCCUGCUUUUCUCAUGCGCGCUUUGGAAACCGAUUUUCUGUGCCGUGACAAAUACGCAACCAAGGACACUGUUAGCCAGAACGCAGUGAGCCAGAACGCACGCUUGCGUCUUUUUUCCCCUGCGCAAUGACGCGUGUGAGGAUUUCUCCACGACUCCACAACUGAUAAGAUUCGUUGAUCCGCCUGAGAGCGACCGACAUGCCACACGCCCGAACCAGGAACCCGAGCCCCAUCCCGGAGGUACCGUGGGACACCGGGCACAAAGAGAUGAACGAGACGUGGAAGGGGGCUGUGGCGUGUCUCGGUGUGGCCGUGUUCUUCGUAAUGACCAUCGGCAUCAUCUACUGGCAAGUGGUGGACCAGCCCAACAAGAACUGGAUCCUGAAAGGCAGCUUCAGCGGGCUGGUAUGGGAGCGCAGGGCGCACUCGAUUGUGGUGCAGACGCUCACCGAGGACAAGACGUUCGUGCAGAUCGACCUGGGACACGCGAGCGGCGCUGACGCCGAUGUGACGUUCGUACGCAACCUUUGUUGGCUUAACAAAACCGAGUUCUGCUACACGUGGGACUCGGUGGCCGACGUGAGGAUUUCUCUUGACGCCGGCGACGGAACCGGGACAGAGUGUUACACAGUGACCUGGACCCCGGUGCACUGCAAUGUCGAGCUCAAGGACUGUUUCUCCAUGGAUAAUAUAUCAUGGUACGGUGGGGCCAGUGUCCAAGCACUGCGGUGGCCAAUAAAUGAUGUGGAUAUUUCAAUGCAGCCCUUCACUGUCAGUGACCUAAGGGACAACCCCUCUGGCUUUGGCUCAGUCCUGGAGCGCUACUUCCUGGGAUCAUCAGGUGUGGCAGUAUUGGUGGCUCCACACGUCCCGCUGCAUGUAGGGGUAAAAAGCAGGCAGCAGUUUUGUCUUCAGACAACACCCAGUAUUGCACGACUGCCCCUGCAGUACACUGUCUGUGUGGGAGAGAAUAUCAAAACUGUUUACCAAGAGUCAAUACAGCAGCUCUCCCAGCCUUAUCGAGAAUUGCCCAGCAUGAAUGUCUUAAGGUUGCCUUUCUGGAAACUUACAGCAAGUGUGGAAUCAAGGUCAAAGAUUGAGAAGGAGCUGAGAACCUUCUCUAACAGGCUGAAGAGGCAUCAUCUAGGAGAAGGGGUCAUCAGCCUGGAUGAACAUUCCACAUCUCUCCUCUCUACGGAAGAACUGUUCGAUCCUUUUGAAUACCACAUUGGUAGGAGAAGGACAUCUAAGAGACAGAGCAGGGACCUCCCUUUUGUGAAGCUUCUGAAUAUUUCUGUAACGCUGUCCCCAUACAUAAACGUGGAUUCACUGCAGUUUCAGACCUUCAUACAAGACAGAAUGCAAGAUUAUUUCCUCAGCCUGCCCACUGGCCCACAGGCUCAACUGGUCCCAUUUUUAACUCAGUGGAGAGGACAAUAUUGUGUCAAGUUGAACAUCACAAAUUCAGAAGUCAGCAACUGGUUCAUGGAGAGAGUAAACAGCCUUCACAGCCGCAUAGGCAUGGAGUAUGUGAUGCUAGAGGGUGGAGAAGGAAACCUGCUUGAAGAGAAGAUUAUGCGACAUUUUUCUGUUCUCAAAGGAGAUGAAUACAUCGGGCUCCUGGCAAACCUCGCUGAAAGCAUAGGGAACAACACGAUUUUAAGUGCAGGGACAAGGUCCAGCCAUAAGCCUUUGUUCAUCCGUAUGAGUGCACUGCAGUCUGACUGGAGCUAUGCUGGCCUCAAGGGUAUCAUUCCAGCCCUGCUGCAUUACAGCUUGCUGGGCUAUAAUUUCUUCAUUCCCGAUGCAGUAGGAGGCUCUUUAUCCACUGAGCCGUUCACAGAUGAUGAACUCUACAUUCGCUGGCUGGAGAUUGUUGCGUUUUUUCCUGUGCUCAGUUUUCAGACACCUCCAUGGGCAACUGAGAUAGACAAGGCUGUUAACCUAACCAGAAGCUACAUCAACAUGCAUCAUGAGUUUGUAGUACCUAUAAUAGAGAAAUAUGCGCAGGAGUGGCAAACUACUGGAAACCCCAUCUACCGCCCGUUGUGGUGGAUCAGCCCUAAUGAUCCAGUCACAUUCACUAUUGAUGAUGAAUUUCUCAUUGGUGAUGAGGUACUUGUUGCACCAGUGACAGAAAAAGGAGCCUUGCAAAGAGACAUUUAUCUGCCAGAGAGCAACUUUCAAUGGCAAGACACCAACAAUGCUAAAGUGUUUGAUGGCGGGACGCUCCUACAAAGUUACAACGUUGGGCUUGAGGAGGUGCCUGUAUUCAUCCUGAGGCCAACUGUCUGACUAUCACAAGGCUGAUUUUCUAUUUCUGACUUUUUAUUUUUUAGUUGUGCUGAUCUCAAGUUGCACUUUCCACAAAGACAAUUUUCUUUCUAAGGCACAGUCUUGAGAUGAGAUCAUUUUCUAUUUGCACUUUACAAAUGAAAGUUAUUUAUAUCAUCUAUAAUAUUUUGAAAUCAUCUGGUUUCAGCUAGAAUUCUUUGUGGUAAUUCAAUUUUUUUCUACUUACAAGAAGAAGAACUGUGGUUUACAUUUGAUAAACACUCACAGCCUUAAAAGUUGAUCUGCUUCCACCUGCCAUAACAUGGAGUAGAGCAUCGAGCGCUUAAUUCACUUAAAACAAUCUUUGUUUCUAAAGAAGACCAAACAUUCAAUGAAAAGAAACUUCUUGCCGAGAAAUAAACUGUAAGGAAGGAACCUCGUGCUGAUAUCCGAGCGGACAUGUCACUGUAUGUCUCUUAAUUUCACUGAGCAGGCUUUUUCACUCAGAUGUUGCAGAUUGUUUUGCUAUUCUACCUGUACCUCAAGUUCAUUGUUAUCUCUGUUAAAUGUAAAAGAAAAAUUAACCAGCAAAACACAGGGGUUGAUUCACAGAGCAAUGUUCUGAAGCGCAAUUGCAAUAACUUGACCCACUGUGUUCAAAGUGCUAAAAAAUAGUGAUCACCUUCUAUGCAACAAAAUGGUCCACCAUCAUUAUAUUUUUAAGCUCUAAGUCUUAUCAUACAUUACUGAUGAAAUUAUUUUUUAUUUUAUUGUUUUAGCAUAAUUUUACUUUUACUUUUUAAUAUAAGUAUACAUGUCCAAUCAAUGCCUUUUUUUUACUGAUUUAUAUAAACAUAUAUGUUGGUAUAAAAUGACUGGAGAAUAUCAUGCUGAUAAAAACAGCAUUCAUAGAAUUUCUCAAAUUACGGAGAUAUCAAAAAAGCUCUUGUCCCUAGACACACACACACACACACACACACACACACACACACACGCCAGUAAUACAAGCAAAUCAAGUACAAGAAUCUGUAUAGUCUGAAACAACAGUGCAUUAGGGUGCUGUGUCUCCAAAGUACAAUUUAAUUACUAUUCAGCGCAAGUGAGUCAUCAGCACGUGAAUUUAUGAGUUUAUGAAACCUGAAUCACUGUCAAAUGAUGUCCCAGUACAGAGAGAACUUGAUCAGCAUGGCAUAUAGCCUUCUGCUAUCUUAAUUAAACCUGAUAGAGUAGUCAAUGUUUACUGUAACUGCAGGGCCCUCAGGUCAGAUAUAUCAAAUUCGAUAACAUUUCUUAUUGAGGCCCUGUGUUGAAAUGUCUUAAUCUUUUUCUUUCUUAUAUAAACACAUAGUUUUCAAAGAAGACAAACUGUGAUGUUUUUUUUUUUUAUUAUUCAAACCUGUAUUCAAGGAACCUAUAUUCAGUUUUUUAGCAUAUACAGUAGAUUUUCAGUAGGUUUUGCUAAUGUCAGUCUAAAUGCUUUAGAUUAUGUCUGCUAAAUAUGUUUUGACUCAUUUUGAGCCCAUCUGAGGGCCAGAAGUGCCUCAAACAAAACAAAUCAGCAGUGUAGUGGAUAUCUGACUGUGCCAUUCAAUUCUUUUUUUGAUCUGUGAAUUAGAAAAUUGGAAAUGAAAAUAUACAAUAAAGUAUACACUUUCAUGUGGUAGAAAUA